AUGUACCGUAAAAUGUACAACGGUAAAAUUAACUCUGUACCCAAGUGCGCUACACUAGAUAUAGAGCCCGAAGUGAAAGCAAAACCAAUCGUCUCGAACCGCGCAAAACGUUGCGCUUCGAUUCACACAGACACGAAACGUGUCUCGAAAAAAGAGGAAAUCGAAGGAGAAAGUGAUGAAACAGCCAGAAAAACGUAUCAACAAGUAAAUCGGUUAACGGAGAGACAACGAGCAGCAAACUGCAUGUACCGUAAAAUGUACAACGGUAAAAUUAACUCUGUACCCAAGUGCGCUACACUAGAUAUAGAGCCCGAAGUGAAAGCAAAACCAAUCGUCUCGAACCGCGCAAAACGUUGCGCUUCGAUUCACACAGACACGAAACGUGUCUCGAAAAAAGAGGAAAUCGAAGGAGAAAGUGAUGAAACAGCCAGAAAAACGUAUCAACAAGUAAAUCGGUUAACGGAGAGACAACGAGCAGUACUCAUUCAAACAUUCGCAGAACUGGAAAGGGACCCUGUAAGGAAUGCACUCAAAAUGCUCGUCAAGCUUUUUUCUGAACAUCCUCAAUACAAAUUGAUAUGGCCCCAGUUCCGACAAAUACCAGAUUCUUCUCUGAUGAACGCUGUCGCUCUCAGGUAA